AUGCAGGGCAAAACAGCCGUCAUAUCAGGCUCCUCUGCCGGCAUUGGCGCCGCCAUCGCCAUCGAACUCUCCACGCGCGGCGCAAACGUUGUCUUGAACUACCCGUUCCCACACCUGCAGACUGAGUGCGAGCAGAUCGGCGCCAAGCUUCACACGCCAUGGAUAGCCGUCUGCGCCGACCUGUCGACCGUCUCGGGCCCCGCGGCCCUGGUCUCCGCGGCCGUGGCGCGGUUCAAGCAGAUCGACAUUCUGGUCAGCAACACCGGCAUGGUGCCUCUCGGGCCGCUCGGAGAGGCGGACGCGGAUACGUGGGAUCGGGCGCUUAAUUUGAACUCCAGGGGCGCGUUUCUUCUGGUCAAGGCCGCGCUGCCGCAUCUCACGCCUUUUGAGCCGCGCGCGAUGAAGCCGGAGUCGGCAUCAGCGGCCACCGGAGGCGGAUCACGGAUUAUAAUCGUGGCUUCUGUCGCGUCGCGGAUGCCGGAGGUGAACCAGAGCAUGUACGCGGCGAGCAAGGGGACGCUUGACGCCAUGAUUAGGGUGUGGGCUAAGGAGCUGCCUCCUGUGUACGGCUGCACCGUCAACGCGGUUGCGCCUGGCCCAAUUAGCACGGAGACGUUCCUCAAGAACAUCAGUCCGCACUUUGAUAUGGUCAAACAGGACUUGGAUCAUAGGACGCCUGUCGAGGGCGCCUUUGGCGAUGUGAAGGAUGUUGCGUGGACCGUGGCAUUUCUUGCGGAGGAAAGAUCGCGCUGGAUUAACGGGGAGUACAUACUUCUGACAGGAGGAUGUUAUAUUCACUGA